AUGCCGAACGUCUGGCCUCAUAAGGAUGAGCUGUACCUAUGUACGCCGAUACGCAUUUCGCCGAAAGCUAACUUUAACAUAGUUGGAUUUGAACCCAAAGCUUCGAUGCACACAGCUCACCACAUGUUGAUUUACGGUUGCGCAGCACCUGGGUCCAAUGGUUCCGUUUGGAGCUGUGGUGAAAUGCAAAACAAUGACCAGGAUCGCGUCUACCCAUCUGCCAAUCCUUGCCGCUCUGGAUCCCAGAUCGUGUACGCAUGGGCACGCGAUGCUCCAAGCCUCACCCUGCCGAAAGACGUUGGAUUCCUUGUUGGUGGGAAGUCCCCGAUUAAGUACUUAGUUCUCCAGGUCCAUUACAUGCACAAGUUUCCAAAGGGCACCACGGAUGACUCCGGCGUUUAUUUGAAGUAUACUAAAAGGCGCAUGCCGCGCCAGGCCGGCGUCAUACUCCUCGGCACCGGUGGCUACAUACCGCCCAACUCCGUGGAGCACAUGGAGACCGCUUGUACUUUGGACGAGGACAAGGUCAUACACCCGUUCGCAUUCCGCACGCACACCCAUUCGCUAGGCAAGGUUGUGUCGGGAUUCGCGGUGCGCCGCUCUGAGCGCGGCGACUCCUGGUCCCUGAUCGGCAAGAAGGACCCGCAGCUGCCGCAGAUGUUCUACCCGGUGGCGGACAGCACGCCCCUCGCCAAGGGGGACGUGCUCGCCGCCCGCUGCACCAUGGAGAACAACCAGGGCCGUCACGUCAAGAUCGGUUCGACAAACAACGAUGAAAUGUGCAACUUCUAUCUCAUGUACUGGGUGGAGAAGGACGCCCCGUUGAAGAAGAAAUACUGCUUCACCGACGGUCCCCCAUACUACUACUGGGAGAAUGCUCCGGAAGGAUUCAACCUCAUACCCGACCGCGAAGCGAGCACCCUG